AAAAAAAAAAAAAAAGCUUGCGCAUUCAGCAAAUAUAAGCUGGCGAGCAGAGCCAGGGUCACCCGCUUUCGAGAGGGGAGCUGCCGUUCUGCGGCCUCGGGUUGAAUGCAAGCAAUGGACAUUGAGAAGGUCAACUCCAUGGACUUUGGGGAAUUUGUGGAUGUGUUUGGGAAUGUCAUUGAGAGGUGUCCUCUGAUUGCCGCUGCUGUUUGGUCCCAGAGCCCGUUCUCCAACUUGGAAGAUUUAGAGAAGCACUUCUUUGCCUUCAUUGACGCCCUUCCGCAGUCAGGCCAAGAGGGCAUCCUGCGCUGCCACCCGGACCUGGCGGGCCGCGAGCUGCAGCAGGGCACGCUCACCGCCGAGUCGCAGAGGGAGCAGAGAGGCGCGGGCCUGACGAGCCUGAACGCCGACGAGCGGCUCCGGCUGGCGGAGCUCAACGCGCAGUACCGCGCGCGCUUCGGCUUCCCCUUCGUGCUCGCCGCGCGCUUGAGCGACAGAGCGGCGGUGCCGCGGGAGCUGGCGCGCAGGCUGCACUGCCCGCCCGCGCAGGAGCUGCGCACCGCCCUAGGCGAGGUGAAGAAGAUCGGCCACCUGCGUCUCGCCGACCUCCUGGGCGCGGAGCAAACCUGA